GCUCACCUUCUGAUAGAUCAUAGAGGCAGUGGAAGAGUCCAAAUACGCUCCCUUCAUCCCCUCAUCGCCAGACACUUCUCAAAUCAAACAUCCACUGUUGCUUCAACAAGUCGUUACACUUCCCGGCGUAGAAUUCAAGAAAUUUGCAGAGCUUCAGCUUCAGCCAUGGCAGAAGGAUCUCCGGUUCUGGCGGCAGAGGUGCUCCUAUCGAAGCGCGUACAAGAACUGGUCCUCGGUGGCGACGAGCCGCCGGCGCUGUACUACUCCAUACGCGACGACGACGCCACCGAAGACGAUUCAUCUUCAGGAUCUUCCGUUCCAGUAGUUGAUCUCGGUAUCCUCUCGAGUUCAGCCGCAUCGGCUCAAGAGUACGAAGACGAAUUGCAGAAACUCAAAUCAGCACUCCACUCUUGGGGAUGCUUUCAGGCAGUAGGGCACGGAAUUUCGAGUUCGUUCUUGGAUAAGAUACGAGGAGUGACGAGGGAGUUCUUCCAACAGCCGAUGGAAGAGAAGAAGAAAUAUUCGAAAACAGUGGCAGAGUUUGAAGGCUAUGGAGCAGAUCCAGUUCCAGAGGAAGGGCAGCCUCUGGACUGGUCCGACCGCCUGUUUCUCGACGUGUACCCUGAAGAUCUCAGAAAGCUGAAGUUCUGGCCUGAGAGCCCGCCUUCGUUCAGUGAGAUAUUGAUAGAAUACACAGAGAAGAUGAAAAUGGUAACAGAGCUCACUUCGAAGCUGAUGGCCAGGUCACUGGGCCUGGAUGAGCAGUGCUUCCUGAAUCAGUUUGGUGAAAGGGCAGCUCUUCAGGCCAGAUUCAACUACUACUCCACAUGCAGCAGGCCCGAUCUCAUUCUCGGCCUCAAACCCCAUGCUGACGGUUCAGGAUAUACUGUCAUUUUGCAAGAUGAGCUUGGCCUUCAGGUCUCCAACAAUGGCAAGUGGCACACGGUUCCCAAGAUUCCCGAGGCACUCCUCAUUCUCAUGGCCGACCAAAUGGAGAUAAUGACAAACGGAGUGUUCAAGAGCCCAGUGCACAGGGUGGUGAGUAACUCGGAGAGAGAUAGGAUAUCAAUUGCAGUGUUCUACACACCAGAGAAGGGGAAAGAGAUAGGGCCAGAAGAAGGGCUGGUGGACGAGGAGAGGCCCAGGAUGUUCCGCAAGGUCACUGAUUAUGCCGACAUCCAUUGGGAAUAUUACCAGCGAGGAGAAAGAGCUCUACACACAGCCCAAGCUUAACAUAAACAAAUCCUCUCUCUCUCUCUCUCUCUUUCCAUACAUAUAUAUAUUUAUGUAUAUAUGAUCCUCUCUCUCUCUCUCUCUCUCGUCAAGGGUAAAAGUAAUUUUCUUUUCUUCCUCCCUUAUUCUCUCUCCUUUGGUUUGGUUAGAUCUUAAUUCUCUCGCGUGGUUGAGUUGCAGAAGACAUAGCUCUUAUAUAUACGAUCUUAUUGUAAGGUAUGCCUCUUUCAUCUGUAAGAGGCUGGAUUUAAUAUAUAUAUAAAUGUAUAGACAUUACAAUGUUGAGAUUG